AUGGCGGAUCCCGGCCUGCAGCUCGUCGGUGGCGGAUGCCGCUGCACCGGGAUACUGGAGGUGGACUGGGAAAGCCGUUGGAGACGAGUGUGCCAGGACAACAUGAGACGGUCCAACCUGGAUGAAAUCUGCCGACAGAUGGGCUGCGGCCCCCCCAGCUCCGAGCCCUUCCAGCUCAUCAUUCCCAGCGGGAAGAAGCCACGUGCGCAGCCCGUGAGGUGCAGGAAUCCGGAGGGAGCGCUGGUGGAAUGCCACUGGGAGCUGGAAAACUGCACGGAGCACGUUGUUGUCUCCUGCAAAGAGCCAGAGAAAACCACUCCCAAGCCCCCACCGGCACCUCCGGACACCACCCUGGAGCCCACCGGACUGCCCCGGCUGCGGCUGGCGGACGGGAAUUUCAGCUGCUCCGGAUUCCUGGAGCUGCACAAGGGGGGGCUGUGGGGGGCCGUGGCCAGGAUGCCCCCGCACACCUGGGCACACCUGGGCACCCGCAUCUGCUGGGACCUGCGCUGCGGCACCGCCGGGCACGGACACCAGGAGCCGGAGCAUGGGACCCACCUGCCAGUGAGGUGGGAAGUGCUGGAUUCCUGUGAGAGCCAUUCCCUCCUGGAAUGCUUCAACAGGACCAGCCCCCGGGGGAAAACUCCUGCCUUUGUCACCUGCUCAGCCCGGACCAGAGUUGUGUGCCAGGACUCCAAGCCACUUCCUGCCGGCACAUCCGCCGGCACCGUCGGGAGCAUCUGCCUGGCCCUGCUGCUCUUCCUCGUCCUCCUCGUUGUCUGCGGCCCCCCUGCCUGCAGGAGGCUCCGCAAGAGGAUCUCCAAGAAAAAGCAGCGCCAAUGGAUCGGCCCCACGGGCCUCAACCAGACGGUCUCCUUCCACCGCUCCGGCUCCGCCGCUCCGAGGCCUCGGGGACAGGGAGGGGACAACGACUACGCCGCGGUCCCGCCCAAGAGCUCCCAGCUCUCCGCUUAUCCAGCCCUGGAAGGAGCGCUCCGACAUUCCAACCCUCCGGAGAACUCCUCGGACAGCGACUACGACCUGCGCUCCGCCCGCAGGGUGUGAUUCCCAAAGGAUUCCCAAAGGAGCCGUUCCCGUCUCCCGGCUCGGCCACAGGGGGAUCCCAGCGUUCCAGGGAGAAAAAGAGGAGUUCUGGGGGUUCUUAAGGUACUUAUAUGGAUUUAAGAGGCCUUUUGGAGAGGGAUCGUCGGCUUUUCCAUGGCUCCAAACCGAUGGAUAAAGGAAAGGAAUGCAAGUCCAGGGAGGGUGGGAA